GAGGCAGAAAUCAGCACGUAUAAAUAGCAGUGGUGCAGAGCGAUGGUACAAACAACCUCUGCAGCCACCGUGCAAUGAACAUCAAGGUGGUGUCGCUUCUGGCUGUAGUGGCAGCCGCCGCCGCCAGGCCGCAGCAGUAUGGUUUAAAGCAACAGUACGACUCUUACUCCAAAGAGUUCUAUAGCCCUUACAAGUCACACGAAUCUAAGCUUGAGCACGAGUACGGAGUCAGUGACUACUACAGGAAAGGCCACGAUGGUGUCGACGUGACGAAGGAGAGGAGCAGCGCCCACGGGCAGGAUGUGCACGCCAGUACAGAUGGGGACAACAUCAAGCGCGAGGUUGUCCCCAGCACUUACUCCAUAGAGGAUUCCUUUAGGAACAAGCCGCGUUGUCAGGAACCGUGCGAUUACCUCUACAACGCUGCUCUGCAUCAAGCCUACGAUUUCUGGAAAGACUCUAAGGAAUCAGAGGAGUCUGAAUCCGGUUCCGAUGAGUCCAAGUCCGGUUCUCACGAAUCCAAAGAGUCUAAGUCCAGUUCCCAUGAAUCGAGUGAAUCCGAAUCCAAGUCCAAGGAGUCCAAGGAAUCAAAAGAAUCUGGGUCUAGUGAAACGAAGGAGUCCAAAGAGUCCAAGAAGAAAAAGAAAUCAAAAGAGUCUGGCUCUAGUGAAUCGAAGGAGUCCAAGGAAUCAAAAGAAUCAAAAGAAUCCAAGGAAUCCAAAGAGUCCAAGGAGUCCAAGGAAUCAAAGAAUCUAAAGAAUCAAAGGAAUCUAAGGAGUCCAAAGAAUCUAAAGAGUCCAAAGAAUCUAAAGAGUCCAAGGAGUCCAAGGAAUCAAAAGAAUCUAAAGAAUCAAAGGAAUCUAAGGAGUCAAGGAGUCCAAAGAAUCAAAGGAGUCCAAGGAAUCUAAAGAGUCCAAGGAGUCCAAGGAAUCUAAAGAGUCCAAAGAAUCUAAAGAGUCCAAGGAAUCUAAAGAAUCCAAGGAGUCCAAGGAGUCCAAGGAGUCCAAGGAGUCCAAGUCCAAGAAUCUAAAGAGUCCAAGAAGUCGAAAAAAUCUAAAGAGUCCAAGGAGUCCAAGGAGUCGAAGGAGUCGAAGAAGUCUAAGGAGUCCGGCUCGCACGAGUCAAGCGAGUACUCGUCCAGCUCUCACGAGCACCACACUAAGAAGGAAAAGAAGACCAAGACUUCCUACAAGCUCGGGUCUCGUGAGUCUGGCGAGUCCACGUCCUUCUACAUGCCGCUGUACGGCUUCAACCCGACCAACAACUACAAAAGCUCGAAAAAUUCCCACGAGUUUUACCACAGUUCAGAGGAGAAGAACUCACACAAACACGGCUCGCCCUUCCUCGCAAGUUACAAGCCGGAAAUAAAGUAUCACCCAAUAUACAACUAUGGAACUUAUUCGUAAACGUCCUGCACCCGCUUAGCGCUUAGCCACUCACGCUAACGAGGACGCCCUGUGUCGCACCCUUGGGUGUUCUCUCGCUCUCAAGCUUUACACGUAGCUAGUAAUCUAUUGUUAUUUUUUUAUAAUAAAAGGAAAAAGCAAUAUAAAAUGUAAAAAGA